AUGUUGUCCCAAAAUGUUGACCCCAGGUUCAUCUACCUGGGGUCCAAGCCAGUAACACAGAGAGUCAAGUUAAAGAAUUACAUCCAUAAAGAUGUCAACAUUGGGAAGGAUGGGAGGAUGGAUGCUGGCGAACUGGAAAUCAAAGCAGGUAUCUCACAAAAUACUGUGGAUCAGCUUAUUGCACACUUGAUGAUGGACCCCACUUUUGGGGACAACAUGGAGGGCUACUCCCAAUUCACUGUGUCCUCCUGGGAAGGCACCAGCUGGUCCACAAGAGGCACUGUGACCGCCUUCUCUCCUUUUGAUGCCAGAGCUGAUGCAGAAGCUCUUCGUAAGGCCAUGAAGGGAAUGGGGACUGAUGAAGAAACUAUUCUGAAGAUCCUUACCAGCAGAAACAAUACUCAGCGUCAAGAAAUUGCAUCUGCCUUUAAAACCUUAUUUGGCAGGGAUCUUGUAGAUGACCUGAAAUCGGAACUUACUGGCAAGUUUGAAACACUGAUGGUGUCUCUGAUGAGACCAAGAUAUAUUUUUGAUGCUCAUGCACUGAAGCAUGCCAUCAAGGGAGCAGGAACCAAUGAGAAGGUGUUGACUGAAAUUCUUGCUUCCAGAACACCUGAGGAAAUGCGGAAUAUUAAGCAGGUUUAUCUGCAAGAGUAUGAGGCCAACUUGGAGGAUAAGAUCAAAGGAGAAACAUCAGGCCAUUUUCAGAGACUGCUGGUGGUCCUGCUGCAGGCAAAUAGAGAUCCUGAUGGCAGAGUUGAUGAGGGUCUUGUUGAGCAGGAUGCUCAGGUUUUGUUUAGAGCUGGGGAGCUGAAAUGGGGAACAGAUGAAGAGAAGUUCAUUACCAUCUUGGGAACCCGAAGCGUUUCCCAUUUAAGGAGGGUGUUCGACAAAUACAUGACUAUUUCCGGCUUUCAAAUUGAGGAGACAAUUGACCGUGAAACCUCUGGUGAUUUGGAGAAGCUGCUUUUGGCAGUUGUGAAAUGCAUCCGAAGUGUGCCUGCCUAUUUUGCUGAGACUCUGUAUUAUUCCAUGAAGGGGGCUGGCACUGAUGAUGAUACCCUGAUCAGAGUCAUGGUCUCAAGAAGUGAAAUUGAUCUGUUGGAUAUUAGACAAGAAUUCAGAAAGAAUUUUGCUAAAUCAUUGUAUCAUACGAUUCAGAAAGAUACAUCUGGGGACUACAGGAAAGCGCUCCUGCUCCUCUGUGGUGGAGAAGAUGACUAAUGGUGACAAUGACAUGAAGGAUUUGUUGUACUCCAGCUUUGCAGCCCUUUAGUUAGAAUGUCUAGCUACGUUUUUGUAUCUUAAUGCUUUGUGGCUGUUUGAAUUCAUACUAGUAUUGCACUUAUUAAAAUGAGCAUAUUGUUAUCCAGGCGAUAGCUAGUCCCUCCUCUUCCUGACAUCCCAACUUCCAGGAAUUUCAAGUGCCUUCUGUGAAUAUGUGAGAGUUGUCUUCAUAGAAGAUGAGAACUGAGCACAGAACCCAGUUCUUUGCAAGUGUUCUGCUGAAAUAAGAAAAAAAAAAUCAUGUAUUUCACUAAUAAU